ACAUCUGACCGUCUGAUCGCAGGAGAAGUUUGUUGUGUUUGGGUUUACUAUUCCGAUACUUUUCGUAAAUUUGAGUAAAGAAAUCUCCCAUUAUGCUCACAUAAAACCAUGUCACAAGAGCAAUUAGAUGUUCAGUUAGUUGAAAGUGAUGUAAAGAAUGAAGGUUUGGAGAAAAGUCAUGAAACUGAAGUCCUUCCCAUUGUGUCAACUGUAAAGAUAUUGGAAAUUGCUCAUGUGUUGCAACAAAAAGCAGUAUUUUUGAAUGGUGGAAAGGAUAAAGAAAACAACCCGCUUGUGAUUUGCUCACAUGGAGUGGAGUCGUAUACUGAAGAUGACUUUAAAAACGCAAUCACUUUUUUACAAGACACAGCUAAACUACUGUGGAAUGAAUACAAGUUUGUGGUCAUAAUUAAUCGACAAAGUAAUAAAUGGAACAACGUGAAAUCUAUUCUAAAGUACAUACAAUUAUUUUCUGAAGAAAAAAUACAGCAUAUUCUACUACUUAAACCACAAGGAUUUCUACAAAGACAUUUUGGAAGUAAUGAUCCUAAACAUAUCCAAAGUCUAUCUAAGCACAAGAUUAUUUUUCUUGAUAAUAUUGGUAUGUUAGAUGAAUAUGUUGAACAAAGUCAGUUACCAGAUGAACUUGGUGGAUUCAACGGCUUUAAUAUCUUUGAAUGGGUGGAAUAUACCACAGCUGUAGAACGGUUCCAAAACACCUGCAUGAAGGUAAAGCAGAGAUUAAACGACAUUCAAGUGGCUUUCUCAGACAAAACACCCUUUUCAAGUAUUGAUAUGAUUGAUCGACAAGGGAAACAACAAGAACAACUGGUUGAAGAUGUUAACGAUGACAUUAGAUGUACAAUUGAAAUUGCUGAAACGUUAAUUCCUAUUGUCAACAAGCCAUUAAGUCACUCUCGAAGAGAUCAAUCACCGUUAGAAAGAUAUAACUCGGCACAGUUGCAAGUGUGCACUGAAAAGCUGAGCACAUACGGAAAGAUUAUUGAUAAACUUUGGCAUGAUCAAAAAAUAUAUCAUGAACAGGCACGAGAGCUUUGUAACUUUGAAAAACAAUUUGCAGAGGUUUCACAACCUUUGUUACAAAUAACCAGCAUACUUGAGUCAAGGACAGACAUUGGGGAUUCUCUAACAUCAGCAAAAGAUUUAUUUGAAGAACUAGAUGACUUUGAAUUGAAACGAAAGGCUCCUUAUGAUGAAAUGAUGAACCUAAAAGAACGAGGAACAAGCAUGCUCGUCUUAUUUGGUUCGUUUGCACACAACAGUGUUCAAGUACGAUUAAACGAGAUAAAACACCUUUGCCAUAACUUUGAAUCAAAGCUAGAAGAUCGUAGAAAUUUGUUGCAGAUAUCCUUGGAUGUGUUUACAUGCCUUGAUAAGCUUGAUAUUUGGUGCAAGAGUGGUGUUGAUCUUCUUGCUGCUCAACCAGCUGAAGCUUUUGGUACGGAAGAAGGUGCAAAAACGUGUCUUCAAGAGUUAGACAAGUUUAUGAAAAAUGGGAAAGGAAUAAACAUGAAGAAAAUGAAUCAGCUGGAUAGUUUGUGUAAAAAAUUAAAAAAUCCUAUGAUUGACGAAAAGGUCAAGCAAGCUCUAAAAAGAAUUGAGGAAGUGAAAGGAAUGUUAGAGAAAAGAGAAGCAAGUUUAAAAAAAGUGGCUGUGAAACCAGUACGACCGAUACAACCAGUAAAAGCAAUGGUAGUUGAGAAAGAUGUCCAAAAGAAACAAGACAGGAAUUCUCUAAAAGCACCAAUGUCACCUACACCUCCAGUUGAUAAAAAAGAAAUUUCUGUUGUUGUAACAGACGAUAUUGAAAAGUAUAAAAGAAACAAAACAUUUCGAAAGUCAUUGAGGAUGUCGUUUAGAAGACCUGUAUCUUCACCUGCACAGCUUCAAUUGGCCGAAUAUGAAGAGGAUCCAGAGCAUCGAAAAAAAAUUCGGCAUGUGAUUACAGAACUGAUUAACACUGAGCGUGAUUAUAUAAAUGACCUGCAAUGUAUUCUUGAAACUUAUUAUGCUGCAUUUGAUGACAUCAAUAUGAAUAUACCACAUCACAUACGUUCACAAAAGCAUGUCAUUUUUGGGAACAUUAAAGAAAUUUAUCAAUUUCACACUGGUAAUUUCAUGGAUGAAUUAGAAACUUGUAGAGACGCACCGUACCUUGCUGGUCAAGUGUUUAUGGAUAAGAAAGAACAGUUUCAGUUGUAUGCUACGUACUGUAAAAACAAACCGAAAUCAGAAGCUGUAAGGAAGGAGCUCCAUGAGACAUCAUUCUUGCAUGAGUACCAAAAACAAAUUGGACACCAGCUCAACUUAGAUUCUUAUCUUUUGAAGCCUGUCCAACGUAUCACGAAAUAUAAAUUGUUGCUCACAGAAAUGUUAAAGUAUGUCAGUAAAAGAAAUCCUGCUCAUGCUGAUAUCAUGGAAGCACUCCACACCAUGAAAAAGGUUUUACGUCACGUUAAUGAUGUGAUGCAUUCCUCAGGAUUGGUUGGUUUCGGGGGAAACUUGGAUGACGAAGGCAAACUUGUUUUACAAGAUUCUUUCACCGUAUGGGAAUGUAAAAAGAACACACUCAAACAAUUCACGAAGUUGGGUGGAAAACAGAGACAGGUUUUUCUUUUUGAGAACUGUUUAAUAUUUUCGAAAAGAGAGAUGGACAAUGGUCGAGAACUUGGAACUUACCAAUGUAAAAGAUACCUUAAGACAGCCGAGGUUGGAGUGACUGAAGUUGUGAAGGGUGAUGUAUGUAAAUUUGAGUUGUGGGUGCAAGGACGCAAUGAAACUUUCAUCUUACAGGCAGCCAACCUUGACGUAAAAAAUAACUGGUUAACAGAAAUCAGAAGAAUAUUGAUGUCGCAAUUCGAAGGAGUGAAAGAAAAUAAAUCAAGGAAAAUCUCUGUGGAUGAUUCAGAAAGGAAAAAAAUAUCAAAAGAAGAUCUCCAAAAUAAAUUAAAACUCCUAGAUCCGAGCCUUCGUAGUUCCACUCCAACAUUAUCUGCACUAGCAAACGUUCAUAUAGACCACAUAUCUGGAGGAAGAGACGCCGCAAACAAGCUAACGUCAUUAAGAGCAUCGUCGGCGUCAGAUUUACUUGACGUUGAAGAAGACACCGACUCAGGAUGGUCAGACAGCGAAUUUGAUGAGGAUGAAGAAACUAAACUGAGCGACGAAGUUAUAGAGGAAGAAACCACUCAACAAGUUGUGGUAGUGGAUGAAGCACAACCCGAAGUGGAAAUAGGUGUGAACACGUUCGUUGCGAUUGCAGAUUACAGUGCGGUUGAAGAGUCUGAGUUAUCUUUCAAUGCUGGAGAUCUUUUAAACCUGAUCAAAGAAGGGGAUGGAGGAUGGUGGUAUUGUAAAGAUUGUAAAAGUCUUAAAGAGGGCUGGGCACCAUGUGGUUAUUUGGAAAUAUUCGCAGUCGAUGUAACGCAUGCGCCUGUAGAAGAGAAGAAAGCCAAGCCGGUUAAACCAUCUGCGCCCAGUCCAAGACGGCGGUUGGAAACAGCUGUAUGAAAUGAAAUGUUUUUUAUGUAUCAUUGUCUAUUUGUGUCCUGAAGUACGGGGUUCAAUUUCCAUGUCGUCCUGUUUUUAUACUUUAAUCGUUUUUGGUAAUUAGUGGUCACGUGAGUUUUAUGUGGAGUGUUUGGAAUGUUGUGUCGUUUUUGUGUUUUAAUGGUUAGUGUUUAAAUGGCGCACGUGUAUGGCUUUUUUAAAAAAAUAUAUUUAUUUUUUGAUUAUUAUAUUAAAAUUUAUACAAUUAAAUUAUUUUGUUUAUACUAAGAAACGCGCGUCGUAAUGUGAGUAUAGUUAAAAAUUGCUGAUUGAUAUAAUCACCUUGUUUGAUUGGAUGAUUUUAUAUUUGAUAAAUUUCUUUACAAGAUGAUUGGAGAAUGUCGAAUUUGGCUGACUUUCUGAUUGGUUGGAGGGUUAAUUUAUUACACAACAGCAUUAGUCACGAGGCACUAAUUAUGGGGUACUAAUUAUGUGGUAUUAAUUAUGUAAAUUUUAGUUUAGAAGGGGUUUUAUUGUUUUGUUUGAUAGCAGAGAAUAAAAAUAUUGAAUUUUACAAAAAGAUAAUACCUUUUGCCUACUGUUUUUCGCGCUUAAUUUUUUCGCGCAUUUCCGCAAAAAGUUUGUUAUUGCGCGAAAUUUAGUUCAGAAAUUUGUAGCAUAUUGUUAGUGAUUUUAUAUUGUGAUGUUUGAGCUGGAUUUCCACUUCGAUAAAUUUUUAGUCUGAGUAAUAUUAAUCAUUAUAUUUGAUUGAUGCUUCAGUUUUGAUGAAAGAAAUUUAAUUCUGUCCGCAAAAAAAUUAUCCUAAAAUUUUCCCUCAGUUUAAAACAAAGUCAGGUUUUUUCAUGGAAUUAAAGUUUUUUUGGAAAAAAUACCAAAGUUGAAAUUCAGCAUUAGAGUUAUACCUGAAAAUUGUUGGGAAUAUUUUCGGUUUUUUUUUAUAACCGUCUUAAGUGGUGGUUUCUUAAAAGGGGGCGUAAAAAUGGGCGACAUUACGUCUUUCUCUGCUAGUUUGAACAUGAACAUAUAUCACAAUUUUGCUACUAAUUAUUUAGAGUAAUGUGAGAUUAUUUCAAGUUAUAAAAAUUCAUAAUAUUCAAACGUGUUCAACUAUUAUCCUUUUUUACAUGGAAACUUUGCACACCACCGUUUAAUAUUACGAAAAUUAGAAAAUGUACUUGAUAAGGAGAGUGAUUACAUCCCCAUUGCGCCCUUCUUUUUCAUUAACGCCUCCUGUAAUUUUCCUGGUUACGUUUCUGGCAUUUAUUUGGUCUUUGUUGUAGCGAAUUUUGUACUAAUGUUUUCGUAACGUAGUAUUUUUGAGCUGGUGUGUGAAUGAACUCUAAAAUUUCUUCAAUAUUUUAGCAAUUUAAAACAUUUCUACUGUUCAGUUUUUAUCCUGAUAAAAAUAUAUAUUCUUGUUCGUAUCUCCGCUCGAAAAUAUUUAUUUUACAGGUUACUGUCAUUUAGAUGGUCUGGGUGUAAAGACUAAAAAUCACAUUUCAUUCAUUUUGAAAAGAACCUUUUCGGAAGUGUUAUGGCUGCAGCUUCCAGCAAUAUGUUCAUUCACUAUGACAUAAAGAUGGCAACGUUUUCUGAAUUUUUAUUAGUUGUUAAAUUUUUUUUGACUCGUUUUAAAUUCUAUUGCGCAUGUCCAGAACGCUUGGAGCUGUGCCUAAGAACGUCUUUAUGGAAUGCAGCUUUACGUAUAUCUAGUUUCUUUUAUCUUGUAUAUAAAAGAAACUAGACAUCGUGGGAGUUAUUUGUCUGUAGUGGGAUGAAUAGAUAAUAACAGAAUACAUAAAUAAAUUAUUUAGCCUAAUAUAAAUUUGGAGUUGGAUAUAUUUUUCUAAAUUUUUCUUCGUUUAUUUUUUUGUUUAUUCUUUAUUUAUUGUUUGUAUUUUUAUUUUGUUUCUUUUAAUACUAUUCAUAAAAAUUGUA